UUAUUACAUUACGCAAAUCAACAUCUGUGAAAAAAGAUUAUGACUUAGAAAAAGCUUUUAACGAUACUAAAAUGCACAGUUUCGAAAAAGCUAUAGCUUUUAACGAUUAUAAAAUACGCAACUUAGAGAAAACCAUAUUGGCAUUGACUUUUAUCAAUGAAAAGGAAAUUAAACGCAAGUCCCAAGAUUCAAACCGCCUAUUAAGUGCAAGUCAUCAGACGCUCCACGCCGAAUUUAAACCUGAUGGAAAGCUUCGCACCGAAUUUAAAUCCCUCUUUGACCAAAGAAUGACAAAAAAUAAAUGUUCACAUAAUCAAAUGUGCAAAAAAUUAGCGUCGGAGACUGGACUAUACUAUAAAACUGUAGAUAGUUUUUAUAAAGGCACAACAAAUCCGCAAAAACUUACAUUGGAUAAAAUUAAAAAAUGGGUCAACAGGGUCAACAGUGAAAGUGAAAAUAAUAAUUCUUAA